AUGAAUUAUCAACAAGAUAAAAGAAACUCAGUAAUUAGACAAGAGAAUGUAAGGGGCUCUAUGAAUCAGCAAUUAUAAUCUCCUCAACAACUUGAUGUGGUCUAAAGUAAUGAAAGGCAUACUGGCUGCAUUGAGAGGAUGAGGACGCUAACAUAAGAGCUAUAACGAAUGACAGAAGCACUUAGACUUAAAAACCAAGAUGUAAUGUAUUUGUAAUAAGAAUUACAAUAUGCUAAACAAAAUUAGUAAAAUAACCAAGGCAAUGAAGAAUUAAUCCAAAAAUUGCAAUUGGAAAGGUAGAAGUUAGAUUAAUUCAAAUAGAUGAAGGAUUAACAACUAGGAGAAUUGGAAGCAGAACUAAAUAAAAUACAUAAAGAAUUGAAAGACGAAAGAUUAUAGAAGCUUGAAUAUGUAAAUCGUUAUUAGAAAUAAUGUGAUGAAGUAGUAAGAUUGUAGAAAGAACUGGAAAAAACAAAUCAAUAGGCUGCAAAUUCCAAUGAAAUAGAUUAAUUGCAUGCACAUAUUGAUGAUUUAUAGCAUGAAAAUGAUGAGUUAAGAUUAAAUAUGAAUAGUCUCUCAAAUAAAGUCUAACAACAGUAGUAACAAAUCGCUAUUUUGGAAGAUUAACUGACCCAAUAAUAAUCAUUCCAACCAUCAAAAUUACCUCCAUCAGGACCUACAAGUUAUUAAAUGCCUCAAAUGUAAUAUUAAUAGUAACAGUAACCACAAACUUCAAAUUAUUAGAAGAUAACUACUUAUACAGUAGAAAGCAAAGGAACAAAUAAACCAACUGAAGUAAGAAAAUAAGUAGUCUCAACAGUCAAUGGAAAAACCGAUACAUAUGAAUAUUCAUCAUAAGACCCAAUAAAUCCCAAAGAUUCUAUAAAUUCUAAAUUAGAUUUGAUCAAUUAGAAAGCUAGCUAGAAUUUUGAAGCAAGAAAUUCUUAAUUGCAAAAUAAUAUAUCUGCUUCAUAAUUGCAAAGAGGAUCUAAAUAUUUACCAGAAACUUACCAGAAGGAAUUCACUGAAUUUAAAAGCAAGGCAGAAACCAAGCCUGUAACAGAGUACAAAACCACAACUGUUACCAAAACCAACAAUAAAUAUUCAAAAUAUUGA